AUGAACUCGGAGAUGCUGUUAGAAAAAUCAAAACGCGAUUUUCUAGAAAUUCUAAAAGAUCUGAACAAUGAGCGACAACUUGAAUCAUUUAAAGUAUUUGUUAAGGCAGCUAUACAUGCAAAAAAUUUAGAAUUGAAGACAUCAGGAUCAAUAAACUCGGAGAACAAGAAUAAAAUUAUCAAAAAUAAAAUCGAUAAUAUAAUCCAAGAUUUGCGCGAAGCAGUUCCAAUCACCGCGGAAGCACCGAAUGAAAAUAUUUUUGAAAACUAUACAUCAGACACAACAAUCCAUGUCGAUUCUUUUCUAUACGACGAAGAUGAUGUUGAUCGAUUAUGCGAUGAAGGGAAAUUGCCGAGCGCUUAUUGCGUUCAAUGCAAAUCUCGAAAUACACGUCAAUUAACCUCGGUCUUUCUAUUACAUUUUAUCUUUGAGACGUUAUUGAAAGGUAAAACGGAUGAUAAAGUGUUGCUGGAUAUUGGAUCACGACUGGGUGGUGUUUUGUAUCUUGGAUAUUUUUAUAGUCAUGCAAAGAAAAUAAUAGGCAUUGAAAUGAAUCCAUUUUUUGCCAACCUUCAAAAAGAAAUCAUUUCAAAAUACGACAUGAAUGAUCGCGUAGAAGUAAUCCAGGAUGACAUAUUGAACCAAGCUCAACUUGUGCAUUCUUCCAAUAUAAUAAUUAUGCGUAUGUAUACUCCAUCUUACUGGUGUAUAUUGAUUGCUCUCUCUAUUGUUGACACAUUAUCCAUUAAAGAUAAUGUCUUUCAGUUCUUUCAUGCUCUUCCUAUUCAACAACGCCUUUGGUCUUUUAUUCGAGACAACACCGCUCCUUCAACACUUUUAAUCACCAUACCUAGUCUCGAAGAACAGCUUGCCGACGCGUCAUGCAAAAUUGAUUACAAAAAAUGGGUCAAAGAGAUGAAGCUUGACGUGCUACCGAAUGAAUUGGAAAUGACAGAGGAAAAUAUUGAAGCCUUGCAGUCGAUCCACUUGUAUCAAGUAAAGUAA